UUGCGCACGUUCACAGGUAGACGUCUUCUUCACACUCUCCACGGUUUUUACAGACUCUGCCGUACUCGCCUCCGGCCCUGUUUUCUCGAAAGCUACUGGUACCACCGCCUCUAUGACAUUGUUACCAAUAUGGCUGCCAUGUUCUCCCUAAAUUACCUCGGAAUUGGUUUCUUUCUUCUCGACGCCUCUUUAACUCUCCAGUUAUGGGGAAGUUUUUACUUCCUUGGACAUAUUGUGCCACUGCUAAUGAUGUUCCUUCUUCCAUACGCACUCCCGAGUGAUGUCCGCGAGUCGAAUAAAGGUGUCACUCAUGUCACAUACGAGUUGAAAUUGAAUCCUACCUUGGGUGCAGCAGUAGCAAACACAAACACACCAACACGAGAGAAGCCAACCUGA